GCGGGAUAUAGGCAUCACCUGUACCGGAGAGAUCUGGUGUGAGGAUUGGAAAGUUCUGAAGCGGAGAUUCGGAAUGACAACGAUAGAAGUACGGGGGGUGAUUUGCCUUCUCAAGGAGGCAAAGAGACGAAUCGAAGUCGGAGGUCUGAUUACUAUCAAAGACCCGGCGGAGACUGUAUCCUUCCCUUCGAAGAUUAGGAGGGAACUCCUAUUGCUACUCACGCAACCGUGGCGUAGGAAACUACUGUGGAAGAAGGAGAACCAUGUGCUGACCCACAUGUACCAGGCGACGAGGGGAUUCGACAAGAGUACGAGACAACGAAUGAGGAAUAUUAUCUCGCGGGUUCUUAACGAGAAAGUAGGAACUAAUCUGAGGAAGAGACAUGUAAUCAGGAUUCCGUACGAUGGUAGGGUGGAUAGGAGGAGAAUUGGUGACAUAGCAAAGGGAAAGAUUGGCGAGCUUGGGAUGCAUGAUUCGAUGGCGAGCAUUGUACAAAGACACGUCCGAGUUGUCUGGAUGAAAAAACAGACAAUCGGAGACGUGCUUCACAACCAUAGAGACUACGCGCGCUCUAAUGGUAGCAUUUGCGUUUGCGCAAAUAGCCCUUUCCCUCUAGUGAAAGGAAACGUACGAUGCCGAUUAUCGGAUUUAGGAGCUCCUGAUUUUUUACUGAAUGCUAGAAAUAUCCCUCCACAACGGACUAGAGAGGUAAGGAGGGGAAUUUUGGCCGCUAUUCUCGACGGACUUGGUGAGAUCUUCAGGACUUCGGGAAAAUGCCUCACCGUCCACAUGACAGAUAUUCAAGAUUGUGUGCGUGAAAGGGAGAUUGCGCAUGAGGGCUACCUCCAACUCGUGCAAGAAUGGAAGCGGCGACUUCGGGGACUCGUUUGCAUGCCAAUGGGCCGAAAUCCCGGGGCAACGCACAUCGUGUGUCCGACGGUGUACGCAAAGGCACUUCGGGAUACCUUCUGGCAUGGAGGAAGUUUCAAGAUGUGUACCGUAUCGGCGGAUCUAGCGCUGACCACCUGCAGAAGAAGCUACGAGGAGGGAGGCUUUAAGAGUCUGAGAGCAUGGCGAAAGAAAGGGAGAUUCGGGGAUGAGUACGUUCUUCCGAAACACAAAGAUCCCGCGAGAUGGCGACCGAUCGCCCCUGCCUGGAACUCGCCCUCGAAGGUCAGAGCAAAGAAGGUUGCUAAGGCUCUGCAGUGCAUGCUCGAUAACCUGGCGAGAGGCCUGCAUUUUAACACUCACUCGUCUGAGGAUGCAAUCAAGAGACUCCAUGGCUGGGCUUCUCGUCUGGAGGAAGGACAUGGAGUGAUGUCGGCAUGCUUCGACAUCAAAAACAUGUUUGCUGAGCUACCGCACGCGGCAAUAUUGGGAUCUCUUGAUUGGAUGAUCUGGAUGAUGGGGGAGAAAGGCUACGACAGGGUGAAUGUGAACUGUCGUGGAAAGAAGCCAGGGAUGGGUAAACGAAACAGGGAUGGCCACUUUCCCGUGAAGCUUGACUGCAUCCGUCGGUGGGUCAGAUACGAGCUCGACCACUCCUACAGUCUAGCCGAGGGUGAACUGAUACAGCAGAUCCAGGGGAUCCCCAUGGGAGGCCACACUAGUCCUUCCCUCGCGUGUAUCCUCUGUGUCCAUAGCGAAGCCCAGUUCAUGUAUGAACUGGGGACACUUCGGAAGAGGGUCCUGGGUCUGAGACUCAUGGAUGAUGUAGCUUUCUUCGUCCGUUUCCAGCGAGAGAAGACUGUUACAGUCUGUCAAGCACGAGACAUCAUCGAAAAAUUGAAGGGCUGCUACCCGUCGUCCUUAUCCCUGGAACGGACGGAUGAUGACCAUGGGAUGCUCUCCUUCUUGGGGUGUAGGAUCCUCGUCGACCAGGAAGGACCGAAGAUCACUACGGUGCUACAGAUGAAGAACCAGGACUGCCUAUGCGAGGACCAACCGCUGACAUUCCAGUGCAUCCAGGACUUUAAGUCCUAUAGUGAGAAACAGACCAAGAUCUCCAUGAUCAAGAGCUAUUUGCAUCGUAUCAUGAGAUGUCCGAAUGAUGUCACACUUAGAGAUCUUCCGGUGGCCUGUCUUAGGAAAGAGCUCCGUACGAGACAUUUCCCCGUAUCUGUGAUAGACAUGACGGUGCAGUCCUUUGAAUGGGAGCAGGGGUGAGACUAGGAGGGGAACCCUCCAUCCCGUAAGAAUGGAGGUAGA